AUGGAUGGCUGUGAGAAAUUCCCUUCCAGCGCGCGCACAAAGACGCCAGAACCCAAAUCUCCUCGCCAUUCCAUAACAUUUUCUUCAACGGCCUCUGGCCCUUCGAAAAAAGAUAUAGUUGCGAGAGACCUGGGAUGCGGCGGUUUUAUGGGCAGCCGCAGCGGCAGUCCCAACCUAUCAGACAUGAUCGCGGCAGAACAGAGCAGUAUAAGAGAGGCCGAACGGUGUCGUGCGAACGAAGAGUUCAAAUCGGGAGCUUCAUAUCCAGGUUUCAGGGAGAGAGUCUGCCUCGGUUCCCAAAUCCUCGUCGAGAUAAGAACAAACAAGAAGGUACUGCUUUUCCUCUCCCCUGCGGUUGACAACCCCAUUGACACUAUAUCAAAACUAGUAGAAGAAUUGAAAGUCUUAUUUGACGGCCGUCCCGUGACGGUUACACUUGACGAUGAAGUGAAGAUCUCGUGUCAAUUUGGAGACGAGCCAGCCUACAUCGUCUUCGUGACAGCUCUAUGUGACUUGUUGACACCGCGGCGCAGCUACCGCUAUGCCUCCAUUAUCCAGCAGGAAAUUCACGCGGCAAUGCAUAUCCCCCCAACUCAUGGUAUCGUCAGACUUCUCCCCGCGUAUGAACACCAUUUCGGGACAGGUGGAACAACAUAUUACCAAAAAGUCAUCGACCUGGAAAAUGCAUCAAAAGAAAACUCUAGAGUUGCAUCCCGCAAAGCGAGUACUUCAAAGAAGUCAACAUCAUCUGUUGCACGUCUAUUGAAGAGAUCGACAUCUAGAUUUAGCUUCACCAGUCAAGUUAGCUGGAAGGGUGAUAAGCAACGGGAAUCGAAGAAAGAUAUCGACUCCGACGGGGGUUCAGUAGGGAAACAGAAGGUCCGAGAGCCCGAUAUUAAGGAGUAUUCCGCGUUCUAA